CUCCAACACCUAUUCUAUAUUCAAAAUUCCAUCAACACACUAUCAUAAAAAACAUGUUUAUCGUCGAUGAUGUCUAUGCAACACUUCCCACCGUCGAUCUAAACUCUUCACUCAUCCCUAUCCGUUGAUCUUUCUUACCCCUUAUCCUGAAUUCACUUGCUCAAGAACACAAACCAAGUAAAACAGUGUUAAUCUCUUUUCAUUUCAACCCAACCAAGACAGUGACAGAAACAGCUGUUCUUCUCUGCAUAAACAGGAUUUUAUAAGGACUUGGAGAUUUGUGAUGGAUAAUGGUGGGUAUGAUGAGGGGGAGAGGAAGAGGGUGGAUGUUGGGGUGUCAAAUGAGAGUAUAGGAGGGUCUUACGAGGAGUUGAAGAGUUCUGAAGGAGAUGAGGUUUUUGAGGAGGCGACUGACCCGUUAAAGGAUUUCAAUGACCGGGGUGAUGCUGUUGCUGCUACUGUUAGUGUAUUGCCUUCAGAUUUGGUUGAAGAAAUUCAGGAUGAUGAUGCGGAAGAACUUGAUAGUUUUCUAGAGGCAAUUGGGGUUGGUGAUGGGCGUGUCAAAGUGUCGGAGGAUGAAGAAGCAGUUGAAGUGUUUGACUUGGUGAAUGGAUUCUCUGGUUUAUCCCGUGAGAGAUUUGAAAAUGAGGAUGUUGAAUACGUUACUCCCAAACAAAAUGGUGGUAUGCUUUUUGAAAAUGGGAGCGCGGACAAGGUGGAUUAUGAUGCCGAUGAGUUUCAUACGUAUUCUGGAUCCAAUGAGGAGAUGAGAAACCUGGGUGCGGAGGACAAGGUGGAUUAUGAUGCCGAUGAGUUUCAUACGUAUUCUGGAUCCAAUGAGGAGAUGAGAAACCAGGGUGCGGAGGCUGAGGAUUUGAAAGAGGGUGGUUUGGAUACAGAACUCCGAGAUGAUAAAAUAAUAGAGGAACAAUGUAAUGCUUCGGGUGGUCCUUAUAGUGAUAUUCAAGAUGAUAAAUUGCAUAUACAUUCAGCUCACGGAGGUUUAGAAAUGGAGGGUGAAACCCUUGGCUCUGAUGUAGUCCAUGAGGACAGAAAUGGCGAAGAAAUUGGAAUAUCUGAUUGUCAGAGUAUUGAAUGCAAAGAUUAUAGUAAUGAUGAAGAUAAGGGUGCUAGUGCUGAAACAGAUUUAGGGCAUCAGGAAACAGUUGGUGAAGUAGGAGGAUCUUCUCCAGCUAUGGAGGAGAGAACAGGGGUUGAAAUUGCUGGAAGAACAUCUCUAUCAGAAAAUCCUCUUGUCAAUGAGGUAGUUCAGUCUACUGCAUCUGCAUUUGACGAACAAAGUAUCAAGGAUUACUCGUCUAAGAUUUCUAAUGAAGAAAACCAAGGAAAUCAUGAAACCUUAUCUUCUGUUGAAGAAUCUAAAAGGAUACCAGAGAAUAAUGCAGAGAACAAGGAAACCAAUCAGAUUGCUGAAGAACAGAAACGUGAGCCUGUUUCCUCAUCUGUUGCUGCUAGCACCCCUCUUGUUCGUCCCGCUGGCCUUGGAUCUGCAGCUCCGUUGUUGGAACCGGCUGCCCGGGUGGUGCAGCAGCCUCGGGUGAACUAUACUGUAUCUGAUACACAACCCCGAAAAACAGAAGACUACUCAAUUGGGGAGGCUGAUGAGUAUGACGAGACUCGAGAAAAACUUCAAAUGAUUAGGGUUAAGUUUUUGCGGCUAGCUAAUAGGCUUGGGCAGACACCCCACAAUGUUGUUGUAGCACAAGUUCUGUAUAGAUUAGGACUGGCUGAGCAACUCAGAGGGAGGAAUGGGGGCCGCAUUGGCGCUUUUAGCUUUGAUCGUGCAAGUGCAAUGGCCGAGCAGCUUGAAUCAGUUGGUCAAGAACCACUUGAUUUCUCUUGUACAAUAAUGGUUCUUGGAAAGACAGGAGUUGGAAAAAGUGCAACAAUCAAUUCUAUCUUUGACGAGGUUAAAUUUAAUACUGAUGCUUUUCAUACGGGAACAAAAAAGGUUCAGGAUGUUGUAGGAACGGUACAGGGCAUUAAAGUGCGGGUCAUUGAUACACCAGGACUUCUACCUUCUUGGUCAGACCAGCGGUAUAAUGAGAAGAUCCUCCUCUCUGUGAAGCGCUUUAUUAAGAAUACUCCACCUGAUAUUGUGCUGUAUCUUGAUAGGUUAGAUAUGCAGAGCAGAGAUCUUAGUGAUAUGCCACUCUUACGCACAAUUACCGAUGUUUUUGGACCAUCCAUAUGGUUCAAUGCUAUCGUGGGUUUGACUCACGCAGCAUCUGCCCCACCAGAAGGCCCUAAUGGUACUCCUUCCAGUUAUGACAUGUUUGUCACACAGCGCUCUCAUAUUGUGCAGCAAGCCAUUCGACAAGCAGCUGGUGAUAUGCGUCUCAUGAAUCCUAUAUCAUUGGUGGAGAACCACUCUGCAUGCAGAAUUAAUACGGCCGGCCAAAGAGUGUUGCCUAAUGGGCAGGUUUGGAAACCUCAUCUGUUGCUCUUAUCUUUUGCGUCAAAAAUUCUGGCUGAAGCAAAUUCUCUACUUAAGUUACAAGAUAGUCAACCUGAAAAACCUUACACAGCUCGUGCAAGAAUGCAACCUUUACCAUUUCUUCUCUCAUCCCUUCUGCAGUCAAGACCGCAAUUAAAGUUGCCAGAGGAGCAAUUUAGUGACGAGGACAAUCUCGAUGAUGAUCUUGAUGAACCAUCAGAUUCUGCUGAUGAAACAGAUCCUGAUGACUUGCCACCAUUUAAACCUUUAACAAAAGCCCAACUCAGAAACCUUUCUAGAGCUCAGAAGAAAGCAUAUCUGGAUGAGGUUGAGUACCGAGAAAAACUCUUUAUGAAGAAACAAUUGAAGUAUGAAAAAAAGCAUCGGAAGAUGAUGAAGGAAAUGGCCAAAUCGGCGAAAGACCUGCCAAACGAUUAUGAUGAAAUUUUGGAGGAAGAAAGUGGCGGUGCAGCUUCUGUUCCUGUUCCCGUGCCAGAUAUGUCCUUGCCUGCUUCCUUUGACCCUGAUUCUCCCACUCACCGGUAUCGUGUUCUUGAUUCCUCCAACCAGUGGCUUAUAAGACCUGUCCUAGAAACUCAUGGAUGGGAUCAUGAUGUGGGUUAUGAAGGCUUAAAUGUAGAAAGACUGUUUGUUCUUAAAGACAAGAUACCCUUCUCUUUUAGUGGUCAGGUUUCGAAAGACAAAAAGGAUGCUAGUGUUCAGAUAGAAAUGGCAAGUUCGGUUAAGUAUGGAGAAGGGAAAGCAACAUCGUUAGGUUUUGAUAUGCAGACUCUUGGGAAAGACUUAGCUUAUACGUUACGUAGUGAGACAAAAUUUUGUAACUUUAGGAGAAAUAAGGGAACUGCUGGUGUUUCAUUUACUCUCUUGGGUGAUUCCUUGUCAGCUGGAAUUAAAUUCGAAGAUAAGUUGAUUGCUAAUAAGCAAUUCCAGUUGGUUAUUGCUGGUGGUGCAAUGACUGGGCGUGAUGAUGUUGCUUAUGGUGGCAGCUUGGAGGCCCUGUUGAGAGAUAAAAAUCAUCCUCUAGGACGCUCAUUAUCAACACUUGGGGUCUCCGUCAUGGACUGGCAUGGAGAUCUGGCUGUUGGGUGCAAUUUACAAUCACAAAUUCCCAUUGGACGGUAUACAAACCUUGUUGCGCGAGGCAAUUUGAACAAUCGUGGGGCUGGACAGAUAAGCAUCCGAUUAAAUAGUUCAGAACAACUUCAAAUUGCUUUGAUUGGCCUUAUUCCUCUACUUAAGAGGGUUGUUGGUUAUUCUCAACAAUUGCAGUAUGGACAAUGAUGACGGUGUUACAAAACGUGCGCUGCAGCACUUGCACAGUAGUAGAUAAGCAUGAUGCCGGCUGGAGCUUAUAGUAAUGACAGGUUGGCAUAAGUUACAGAAGCUAUAACAAUUUUUUUGGAAAAGAUUGAGGGCUAGGUUGGUUGCUGAAAUCUGUAUCAUACUCACUACUCACGAGAAGUCGGUCACUACUUAUCUCGUUGCUCCUUGGCUUUAUGUUAUUGAAUAUGCUAAAGAUUUAGAUGCGUUAGUUAUUCAAUGUGCGCAAGUUUAUCAAUACUGAGUGCGCAAUUUAGCAGAGAAUGAUUAGUUUGUGGUUAUUCAUGUGUGCUGUUUUAGAAUAUCAUUGCAAUAUGAAAGCACAAAUAUACUAAAGUCAGUAAAUAACAGUGCUGUCAGCAAAUCUAGUUCAUUUUAAGUUGGGUUGA